AUGUUUAUCGAAUCUCUUUCCUUUAAGAACAACUGUGGCAACAAACAAGUGCAGGAUAAAUUUGGAGUUAUUACAGAAAAUGUACCAUGUGGAACUACAGGCACCACAUGCUCCAAAACUGUCAGAAUUCACCUGGGGCGAAAAGAAAUCAAACUCUCAAAGGGUAAAUAUGAAGAGACGGAUCUAGGCAAUGGCACUGAGAUUCAAUACAAAAUAAGGAAGGUCGGCUUGUAUCUGGUCGUAGAGUCUGCCAUUGGUUUGGCAGUGAUGUGGGAUCGCAAAACAACUGUUCGCAUCCUACUGGAACCGCAGCACAGCGGAGAGGUUUGUGGCCUCUGUGGAAAUUUUGAUGGUGAUGGACAGAAUGACUUCACCACCUCCGGUCAGCUGGUAGUGAGCAAUCCAUUAGAAUUUGCCAACAGCUGGAAAGUGUCCAGCAACUGCCCAGAUGUGGAAGUGAAUGUUAAUCCGUGUGAAGCAACACCAAAUCGACAUCACUGGGCAAAAAUGAAGUGCAGCAUUAUAACUGGACAAACAUUCAAAGACUGCCACAACCAGGUUGAUCCCCGUCCAUUUCAUGACAACUGCGUGAAAGACUCGUGUGCCUGUGACUCUGGAGGAGACUGCGAGUGUUUCUGCACAGCUGUUGCAGCUUACGCUCAAGCUUGUAAUGAGGCUGGUGUUUGUGUUGCAUGGAGAACUCCAGACAUCUGUCCUGUCUUUUGUGAUUACUACAACAGCCCAGACGACUGCAAGUGGCACUACAACCCUUGUCACACUCCUUGCUACAAGACAUGUUUGAAUCCACAAGGAAAUUGUAGCAAUCCAAUACCCAACCUAGAAGGCUGUUACCCUGUAUGCCCAGAAGAUAAGCCUAUAUUUAAUGAGAAGAACCAGACGUGUGUGGACAUAUGUCCCUGCAUUUACAACGGAACUACAACAUCUACACCUCCAACAACCCAACCUACAACUAUAACUGCAGGUCCAACAACAACCACAACAUCUACAACUCCAACAACCCAACCUCCUACUACAACUGCAGGUCCAACCACAACAUCUACACCUCCAACAACCCAACCUCUUACUACAACUGCAGGCCCAACCACAACCACAACAUCUACAUCUCCAACAACCCAACCUCCUACUACAACUGCAGGUCCAACAACAACCACAACAUCUACAACUCCAACAACCCAACCUCCUACUACAACUGCAGGUCCAACCACAACAUCUACAACUCCAACAACCCAACCUCCUACGACAACUGCAGGUCCAACCACAACCACAACAUCUACACCACCAACAACCCAACCUCCUACUACAACUGCAGGUCCAACAACAACCACAACAUCUACACCUCCAACAACCCAACCUACAACUACAACUGCAGGUCCAACAACAACCACAACAUCUACAACUCCAACAACCCAACCUCCUACUACAACUGCAGGUCCAACCACAACAUCUACAACUCCAACAACCCAACCUCCUACUACAACUGCAGGUCCAACCACAACAUCAACACCUUCAACAACCCAACCUCCUACGACAACUGCAGGUCCAACAACAACCACAACAUCUACACCUCCAACAACCCAACCUCCUACUACAACUGCAGGUCCAACCACAGCCACAACAUCUACAACUCCAACAACCCAACCUCCCACUACAACUGCAGGUCCAACCACAACAACAACAUCUACAACUCCAACAACCCAACCUCCUACUACAACUGCAGGUCAAACCACAACAUCUACAACUCCAACAACCCAACCUCCUACUACAACUGCAGGUGCAACCACAACCACAACAUCUACAUCUCCAACAACCCAACCUCCUACUACAACUGUAGGUCCAACAACAACCACAACAUCUACAACUCCAACAACCCAACCUCUUACUACAACUGCAGGUCCAACCACAACCACAACAUCUACACCUCCAACAACCCAACCUCCUACAACAACUGCAGGUCCAACAACAACCACAACAUCUACAACUCCAACAACCCAACCUCCUACUACAACUGCAGGUCCAACCACAACAUCAACACCUCCAACAACCCAACCUCCUACGACAACUGCAGGUCCAACAACAACCACAACAUCUACACCUCCAACAACCCAACCUCCUACUACAACUGCAAGUCCAACCACAACUACAACAUCUACACCUCCAACAACCCAACCUCUUACUACAACUGCAGGUCCAACCACAACUACAACAUCUACACCUCCAACAACCCAACCUACAACUACAACUGCAGGUCCAACAACAACCACAACAUCUACAACUCCAACAACCCAACCUCCUACGACAACUGCAGGUCCAACCACAACCACAACAUCUACACCACCAACAACCCAACCUCCUACUACAACUGCAGGUCCAACAACAACCACAACAUCUACACCUCCAACAACCCAACCUACAACUAUAACUGCAGGUCCAACAACAACCACAACAUCUACAACUCCAACAACCCAACCUCCUACUACAACUGCAGGUCCAACCACAACAUCUACACCUCCAACAACCCAACCUCUUACUACAACUGCAGGCCCAACCACAACCACAACAUCUACAUCUCCAACAACCCAACCUCCUACUACAACUGCAGGUCCAACAACAACCACAACAUCUACAACUCCAACAACCCAACCUCCUACUACAACUGCAGGUCCAACCACAACAUCUACAACUCCAACAACCCAACCUCCUACGACAACUGCAGGUCCAACCACAACCACAACAUCUACACCACCAACAACCCAACCUCCUACUACAACUGCAGGUCCAACAACAACCACAACAUCUACACCUCCAACAACCCAACCUACAACUACAACUGCAGGUCCAACAACAACCACAACAUCUACAACUCCAACAACCCAACCUCCUACUACAACUGCAGGUCCAACCACAACAUCUACAACUCCAACAACCCAACCUCCUACUACAACUGCAGGUCCAACCACAACAUCAACACCUUCAACAACCCAACCUCCUACGACAACUGCAGGUCCAACAACAACCACAACAUCUACACCUCCAACAACCCAACCUCCUACUACAACUGCAGGUCCAACCACAGCCACAACAUCUACAACUCCAACAACCCAACCUCCCACUACAACUGCAGGUCCAACCACAACAACAACAUCUACAACUCCAACAACCCAACCUCCUACUACAACUGCAGGUCAAACCACAACAUCUACAACUCCAACAACCCAACCUCCUACUACAACUGCAGGUGCAACCACAACCACAACAUCUACAUCUCCAACAACCCAACCUCCUACUACAACUGUAGGUCCAACAACAACCACAACAUCUACAACUCCAACAACCCAACCUCUUACUACAACUGCAGGUCCAACCACAACCACAACAUCUACACCUCCAACAACAUCUACAACUCCAACAACCCAACCUCCUACUACAACUGCAGGUCCAACCACAACAUCAACACCUCCAACAACCCAACCUCCUACGACAACUGCAGGUCCAACAACAACCACAACAUCUACACCUCCAACAACCCAACCUCCUACUACAACUGCAGGUCCAACCACAGCCACAACAUCUACAACUCCAACAACCCAACCUCCCACUACAACUGCAGGUCCAACCACAACAACAACAUCUACAACUCCAACAACCCAACCUCCUACUACAACUGCAGGUCAAACCACAACAUCUACAACUCCAACAACCCAACCUCCUACUACAACUGCAGGUGCAACCACAACCACAACAUCUACAUCUCCAACAACCCAACCUCCUACUACAACUGUAGGUCCAACAACAACCACAACAUCUACAACUCCAACAACCCAACCUCUUACUACAACUGCAGGUCCAACCACAACCACAACAUCUACACCUCCAACAACCCAACCUCCUACUACAACUGCAGGUCCAACAACAACCACAACAUCUACAACUCCAAACCCACCUCCUACUACAACUGCAGGUCCAACCACAACCACAACAUCAACAACUCCAACAUCCCAACCUCCUACUACAACUGCAGGUCCAACCACAACCACAACAUCUACAACUCCAACAAGAAAACCUCCUACUACGACUGCAGCCUGCACUGACAGAGAUGCCUUUUAG